GCAAUAGGAAAGGAAAAGUAAAAAUCAACAAACGAUUUUUUUUAUAGAAAAUGGAUGAUAUUAAAGUAUUUCAACGUUUUCUUAAAGAUGUGAAGCAUAUUAAAGAUUUUGAACAAUUUCAACAUUUUGAUCAUAAUAAAAUCAUUCAGAAUAAUAGAAGAAAAAUAUGUAAACUAAAAGCAUCCAGACGUCCGCGUUUCAACCCAAUGGAGCAAAUGAAUGAAAUAGAAUUUCGUAAAAAAUACCGAUACACAAAAGAAAAUAUGAGGCGGAUUAUAGAAAUUGUACGCGAUGACUUAGAAGUUGACUUCUACGAGCCACUGAAAAGAAAUCAAGUGCCAAUAGAUUUACAAAUUUUAGCGGCAAUUCGAUUUUUCGGCGGCACUGAGCAUCCACAACUAACAGCUAUGGCGCAUGGUGUUAGUCUGCAUACAAUGGAUAAGAUAACGCGUCGUGUGGCUGCGGUAUUAUCAUCAAAGGCGUCGCGGUAUAUUCGAAUGCCAGCAACACUUUCAGAGAAAGAACGAAUAAUGCGUUCAUUUCAAUCCCUUUCCAAUAUGCCCCAAGUAAUUGGCGCUCUAGUGCAAACCACUGUGCGCCUGCAAUUGGAGAGUAGGAGUAGCUAUAGUGGAACUGAAUUAGCAGUUACAAAUGAGGAACUUGUUCAUUUGCAGCUGGUUGCAGAUGCCGAGCAUAAGAUAAGGGAUCUGGAUAUCCGUCUCUCUGAAGAACUAGAUCCAAACACAGCGCCGGAAUUGUUUUCGUUAUCACGGAUUAAGGAACGUUUUGAGCAAAAUGAAUUUCGUGGACGCAUACUACUUGGGAAUGACUCCCUCUCCUGCUCGCACUGCCUCUUUACUCCAGUUCAAAACCCGAAAAAUAAAUCUGAGGAUCUUUAUAAUCAUGCCCAUGCUUCAACCUUUGCGCCAGCAAUCAAAUGUCUAAACUUUUGGAUACGCCGCUUCGGAAUUCUUAGUAGUGAACUCUUGGGGACAUUUGGGUCGGCUAAGCAUACAAUUACCGCUUUGGCUCUGCUUCAUAACAUGGCAAUGGAGUGGAAUGAUCCUUCCAUAGAUUCCGACGGUUCUGUCUCUAUAUACAAACCGAACUUUUCAUGCUCUGCCAAUGGUGCAACGAUAAGCGACGAGCAACGCAAUCGAAGUGAAUUCAUUAAAACUCAUUUUUCUUGCAAUUGAACCAUAUUAUUUGAAGCAUGGGCCAAGUAUUAUUAAUCCUAAAUAGAAAUGUGCGCAUUUAAAUGACAUUCAAAUACAAUUAUAAACAAAGUAUAUAAAUUAUUUAAUA